AUGAUGUGCAGACCGGUUCGGCCCCGGUGGACUCCGUCCUUCGGCGUCCCAAGCAGGACAAUCCAUCAUCCCCUACGAUCGGUCUCGAGAUCCCUCUCUUCUCGUUCGCUGAGCACGACAGCCUUCACCCAGGCCGAAGGCUUCCACUCACAGCAAGAGAAUGCUUCAGUGCCUUUUUCUGAGACUCCCACCGAGAGACGCACGCCGCAAACCUUGACGGAGAAGAUCGUACAACGGUAUGCGGUCGGUCUCCCCGAAGGAAAGCUCGUUCGCAGCGGCGACUACAUCAGUCUUGCCCCCGGGUAUUGCAUGACUCACGACAACACCUGGCCCGUCGCCCUCAAGUUCAUGUCUAUGGGAGCAACCAAGAUCAACCGCCCAGAGCAGAUUGUCAUGACUCUCGACCACGAUGUCCAGAACACGAGCGCAGCAAACCUUAAGAAAUACGAGCAGAUUGAGACUUUUGCUGGACAACACGGUAUCGACUUCUAUCCUGCGGGCCGGGGUAUUGGGCACCAGAUUAUGGUCGAAGAAGGAUACGCAUGGCCGGGUAGUAUGGCGGUGGCUUCGGACAGCCACAGUAACCAUUAUGGCGGAGUUGGCUGUCUUGGAACUGCUGUUGUGCGUACCGACGCUGCUAGUAUUUGGGCAACGUCGCGGACAUGGUGGCAAAUUCCCCCUGUUGCGCGGGUGACGUUUACCGGAACGCUACCAGUAGGCGUCACAGGUAAGGAUGUGAUUGUCGCGUUGUGUGGACUCUUCAAUAGCGACGUGUUGAACCAUGCAAUUGAGUUCACCGGCUCCGAAGAGACUAUGGAAAGCCUCCUUGUGGAUAGCCGCCUGACGAUUGCCAAUAUGACAACUGAGUGGGGCGCGCUCACGGGUCUCUUCCCCAUUGAUCAGACUCUGAAACGCUGGCUACGUUACAAGGCUACCGAGGCAGCGAUGUCUGAGGACCGCACAACCCGGAAUCGUAUCACGCACGAAAGAAUCGACGAGUUGUUCGCCAACCCCCUCACAGCCGACCCUGAUGCCCAAUACGCCAAACAGCUCUACCUCAAUCUCUCUACUCUCUCGCCUUACGUCUCUGGUCCUAAUUCAGUGAAGAUCGCAACACCACUCAACGAGCUCGUUCAAAAGGACAUCAAAAUCAACCGCGCAUAUAUCGUCUCCUGUACGAACUCGCGUGCUUCGGACCUCGCGGCAGCCGCUAAGGUCUUCAAAGACGCCGCCAAGGCCAACCCCGGCACGACUCCCAAGAUUGCUGACGGUGUCAAACUCUACAUCGCGGCUGCUUCCGCGCCCGAACAAGAGGCCGCAGAGUCCACUGGCGACUGGCAGGCCCUCAUCGACGCCGGUGCGCAGCCGCUGCCCGCCGGAUGCGGACCUUGCAUUGGCCUUGGAACAGGUCUAUUGGAGCCCGGUGAGGUGGGCAUUAGUGCCAGUAAUCGUAACUUCAAGGGACGGAUGGGCUCGAGAGAUGCGCUAGCAUACUUGGCGAGUCCUGAAGUCGUGGCUGCGAGCGCUCUCAACGGCGUUAUCUCUGGCCCCGGCUCUUACAAGGUGCCUGAGAACUGGUCUGGCGUGGAGCACGGAUUCGGAACCGGAUCCGAACCUACCACCGAGAAUGAGCUCACCAAUAUUCUACAACAGAUGGAAUCUCUGAUCGAUCGGGUUGAGUCCGCCGCAGACGAGUCCAAGCCUGCCACGGAGAUUCUGCCAGGCUUCCCCGAACGCAUCAGCGGCGAGAUCCUCUUCCUCGAUGCCGACAAUCUCGACACUGAUAGCAUCUACCCUGGUAAAUUGACAUACCAAGACAAUGUCUCGAAGGAUGAUAUGGCCGCCGCAUGCAUGCAGAAUUACGAUCCCACGUUCAAGGGAAUCGCCAAGCCAAAUGACAUCCUCGUCGCCGGCUUCAACUUCGGUUGUGGAUCCUCCAGAGAACAGGCCGCGACCGCCAUUCUUGCUAAGCAGAUUCCCCUAGUCGUGGCUGGCAGUUUCGGCAACAUCUUCUCCCGAAACAGUAUCAACAACGCGCUCAUGGGCCUUGAAGUCCCCCGACUUGUCGAGCGCCUCCGUGCCAGCUUCGUUCAGCCAUCCUCUGGCGACGUCGCGGGCCGCCAGCUGACGCGCCGGACAGGCUGGACUUUAACGUGGGACGUGAAGCGUAGCGUCGUUGAAGUUAAGGAGGGUGAGACAGGAGAGACCUGGACAGAGCAAGUCGGCGAGCUCCCAGCAAAUGUACAGGAAAUCAUCGCCGAAGGUGGACUCGAGGCCUGGGUCAAGGGCAAAGUUGCGGAGUCAAAGUGA